AGUAUAAAUAUCGGUGAUUUUUUAGUUUUCAAAUCAGAAUUCAAUCGACUACCAAUCGAUGAAGUUAGCCCUUUAAACACAAGCUAAAUAGAUAUUUAAAACUCUUUCGAGCCAAUUUAAAAUGAAGUUCACAAUUGCUGCAAUCGUUUUGGCAUUCGCUUUGUUCGCAAAUGCAAAUGUUGUCGUAGACAUUGCAAGUCCACAUAGUCCAGUGGGUUCACAUGGUCCGGCUUUAGUUAACGCUGGCGGAUCAAAUUACGGUGGAUGGGGCUAUGGAGGCGAUGCUUAUUCAGGCUACUCCGUCGGUUAUCCAAAAGGUGGCCCAAAAAUCACGCUCCACACCACUGGAAAUCUUGGCUAUGGAGGAUAUGAUGGCGGAUACGGCGGCGGAUAUGGCGCUGGAAUCGGCGCUGGUGGAUAUGCUGGCGGUCACGGUGCCGGAGUAGGUGCAGGAGCUGACUACCAUAAUGGCAAAUAUGUUGCAUCAAAUCGUGGUGCUGUUCAUGUCGCACCAUUAGUGGGGCACAUUCAAUCAGUGAAAUCCACAAACGAACAGCCAGCUCCUGGAACCACAUGGUAAACUUCCUUCAAUCAGGUCAUCAUCCUACGGAUUUAUAAUAUACACACUUAUUUCUUACCACGAAAACAUCAUCAUCAACCAACAAUAACAACACCUACCGUUAGAACGCUUGAAUAUCAAACUUAAAAUCAGACAAUAUUUUAAAUUAUCUUAUUUAUUCGCCAUUUCAAUGUGAAAAAAACACUAUCUAUCUCGUCUUCACUUUCCAAUUUAUUUAUUCUAUUAUUAGAAGAAAUCUCACUAUCUCUUCAAUCAAUAUCUUGUCGAGCAAAUGUGUUUAACACUGUUAAAACAACCUCUUUCUCAACUCACACCAAACCUGUCAAAUACUCAUAUUUUAUAAAUGUUACACAAGCUGUUUCAAACCAAAUAAAUAUUGAAUUAUUAGAGAAAAACAA